UAAUUUUGUUUCAAUUGGUAUCUAAUUCCUCAAUUUCCAUGUUCAGUAAGCUUUUAUUUUGCUCUAAUUUAGCUCAAUUAUGUAAGUAUGAACUUAAUUCAAUUCAGUAAACAUCCUAAUUUGCCCUAAUAAAUUGAUAAAUUGUGGGUGUUUUUGUCCAAAACUGCAAACUUUAACUCUUUUUAUCUUAUGUGACAAGUUGGAGGGACAAAAUGAACCUCUAUUGAUACAUUAUUGUUCUUUUGACAGAUCUAUAUUGUGUCUGUGAUCCUUGUUUGUUGAACAGCUAUGUCGAAUGAAGAUAAAACUCUAGUCGAAAUCUCGGAGGAGAAUAACCGUGUUGAUCUUGCGAAUGAAGAUAAAACUCUAGUCGAAAUCUUGGAGGAGAAUAACCCUAUUGAUCUUGCAAAAUACAUAAGUUAUGUCAGUGCUCCACAGGCCGGUGGUAUCGCAACGUUUUCCGGGACAACUCGUGAUACUUUCGAGGACAAGUCGGUUGUUGAACUACGGUACGAAGCUUAUGUGCCAAUGGCGAUACGCGAGCUUAAAUCGAUAUGUGCGUCUGCUAGAACAUCUUGGGAUAUUCACUCUAUUGCUGUCGCGCAUCGACUGGGAUCAGUUCCGGUUGGAGAAACUAGUGUCUUUGUUGCAGUGUCGGCUGUUCAUCGCGGUGAUGCGUUGGAUGCUUGUAAGUUUAUAAUUGAUGACUUGAAGGCGUCUGUUCCGAUUUGGAAGAAGGAAGUUUAUGCAAACGGGGAGGUUUGGAAGGAGAAUUCUGAGUUUAUGGAGAGGAAGCCGGAGAUAGGAAAGAGCGCGUCAUAUGGGGUUCAUGGUAAGAAAUCCUGCUGCGGAACGAAGGUCAAAGUGAACGAAGAAAGUCCGGAUAUUAGCAAUCAGGAUAGUGGAAUUAGGGUGAAAGUGAGCGAAGCAGGUCGAAAGAUUAGUAGCACUCACGACGGAAUUAGAAUGAGCGGAGGAGGCCGAAAGACUAGCGCUCAGAAUGGAGGAGUUACGAUCAAGGUGAGCGAAGUAAGUUAAAAGAUUAGGACUCGGGCUAUAAGCAGUAUGAAAUAAAAGGGGCUUAUGAAAUUGUACUAAUCAAAUAAAUUCCCUGUAUCUUUUGUAAAGUUUGCUAAUUGUGUUAUAAAUAAUUUGCGUGUCCGAGUGUAUUUUUAAUAAAAAGUUUAAAUGUUGCUUGAUGAAA